AUGGACGCCUCGACCCCACUCUUGCCCAGAGCGGCCAAACGCGGCCCCGCGACGCCGUUGUUGCCGUCGUCCACUGAAGCCGACGUGGACGUCGUCGCCGAGUUCUGGAGCCUCACGUGGAUGGCGCUGCAAGUGUCGCUCUCGACCUUUGCCCGCAUUGCGCUCAUUUCGGUCGACAGCGCCUUCCUCGGCCACUUGGGCACGUCGUCGCUGGCCGCUGCGUCGCUGUCGUCCACGUGGACAAACGUCCCGUUGGCCGGCGUCUGGUCCGGUGCCACAGCGCUCGUUACGCUCUGUGGUCAAGCGUGGGGCGCCCAGAACGGUGAGCUGGCAGGCACGUGGCUGCAACUCGGCCUCGUUGUCGUCUCGCUCUUGUCGAUCCCCGUCAUGCUCUGGUACUGGUGCAUUGGCUACUUGCUCGAGCUGUCGACCCAAGACGCCCACGUCGUCCAUCUCGGCGUGCGCUUUGCGCGGAUCCUGUCGCUCGGGAUCUGGCCCUCGCUCGUCUACGCCUGCGUGCGCCUCUACUUCCAGUCCAUGGGCAUCAUGUCGCCCGUCACGGUCGUCGGCACGCUGUCCAUUGGGGUCGCCUGUGCUGCCAAUUACAUUCUGAUUUUUGGGGCCUUUGGCUGGUCCGGUCUGGGCUUUGACGGCUCUGCGAUGGCCACUGUGAUUGCUGCGUGGUUCCAACCGCUGGCGCUCAUUUCCUACUGCUUUGGGUACAAGAAGAUGCACUUGCAAGCGUGGGGAGGAUGGGACUUGAAGGCGUUCACCCGCGACCGCGUCGUGAUUUUCGUCAACAUUGCGGGCCCUGUGGCUGCCAAUAGCUUAGUCUCGAGCUUGGCCAAUUCGGCGCUCACGCUCGUGGCAGCGAAACUUGGCUCGGAAGUCAUUGCAGCAAACGCCGUGAUCUCUGGCCUCUGGUCGCUCCUGUGGGCGCUCUUUUGGGGCUUUGGCUCGGCCACGCAGAUCCGCGUGGCGAAUUACCUCGGGGCGGGACGGCCAAAGGCUGCGCGAUUGCUGGGCUUCUUUGGCUUUCUCUGCACAAUUGGCUGUGUCGUCGUGCUCGCUGUUGUCACGUUUGCUCUGCGGAAAACGCUCUUCCGGUUGUACACGAACGAUGACAGGUUGCUGCAGCUCUGUAUGCUCGUGCAGCCGAUUUUCAUCACGGGCUACAUGAUUGAGUCAGUGGAGAUCCUCAUUUCGGCCGUGCUAGCAGGCAUGGGCGAAGUCUCGGUGACAGCGUGGGUGAGUGCCAUGAGUGUGUGGUGCAUUGAGCUCCCGAUAGCGUACUUUGGUGGAGUCACUAUGGGCCUCGGCUUCUCGGCCUUGUGGUAUGGCGUGUGCUUGAUGGAGCUAGUCAAGCUCUCGAUCUUUGCGUUUGUGCUGUCACGCGUCAAUUGGGCAAAGAUGGCUGAACGAGCAGUGAAGAACAUGGAGCUUACGAGUGACAGCGACACGGGCGUCGAGCGAGAGUCGCUGCAGUUUGCCAUAGCAGAAGGAGGGACGACGCCCGGUAGUCUUGCCCCAGUGGUGCGGUCGCCUGCAGCGCAACAACUGAUGACGCCGUCAUCACGACGCCGUCAAUGGGACCAGAUUGAAGAUGGCUCGCUCUUGCGCUCGCCGUUCUUGACAAGAGCACCUCGAUCGGGUUCGGUCCCUCGAGCUUAG